AAGGAUGUAAAGGAGUAGUUCAAUACGGAGCACUUCACCAUGAUUCUAGAAACCCAAAGAUAAAACAUCCAGAACAAUCCAGAACUUACUCUUUCUCUUUUCUUUUUCUUCACUAAUGUUCUUCUCACCUUUUCAAAGAAGCAAUUUGUAACACUUCGGAGAAAUUUAGGUACAAUUACAAAGCAUCUAUCAUUUCGUAAGCCUUAAUUCCGAUUGAAUUACAGGAUAGAUCAUUACUUGGAAAAUGAUUAAGAACUGAAAUUGCAAACUUGAAGAAAGUGUGAUUGAAUGAUCAUUGGCGCAUUGUUUGGCUAGUUUCUAUUUAGCCAAUAUGAAGAUCUUGCUCUGAAUCUAUUUUAAACCUUUCGAAUUUUCUCGAUAAAGCAGUGAACUGAUUUAAUAAACUGGAGACCUUGUGUAAUGAUUGUCAAGCAAAGAUCUGCACUUCAGAUAUCUAUGCAUCAGAACUUGGUGGCUUCAAAAAAUAAGCAUGUUUUCGGUGGUAAUAAAGAUCCGCAUUUGCUUUUUUUUUGCUUACCUACUGAUUACUCACAUACUGCUUUAUAGAUACUAGAAAAGCAGGUAAAUAAUGUUUGGAGUAGUAUUUCCAAACCGAAGUUUCCCGCUUGACAUCUCAACCUUUACACAAAUUGACACAUUCCAUUGGGUUCUUGAUAUGAACCACUUUGUCGGAGAGGCAUAUGAUCAAGUCAAAGAUAUGUGUAUUUUCUUGCUCAACAAUCUCACCCUUCCGGCGGACAAAGCCUUAGCUGUUUAUGUUCAAUCCCCUGGGUCAGCUUUUGUGUACUGUGGUGCUGUUACUGUAGCCCGUCCAUCUGCUGUUCUCUCUCUCCUCUGGCCGGAGCCUGGAAACCAAGGCCAAUUUCUUACAGCGGACACUGCCCCGCUUUCUGCUAAGAUUGGGGUGUCUGUCCAAGACUUGGCGACAGUCCCUUCUCUUGAUAUUGCUGCAGAUAAGAAGAUUGAGCACACCGCCCUCAAAGUUGGGGAGAAUCUCUUUAAUUUCAUGCAGUCAUUUUGUGGUGUCGAUGGUAGCAAAUUGAUUGUGCCCAUGGAUAUCUUGGAUCGGUGGUUCAAGAAGUUCCAGGAACGUGCUAAGCGUGACCCUGAUUACUUGAAGGGUUUUACCUUGUAGCUGAGUUAAACAUUGAGGUACUGAUGUAGAAUUGAGUUUAUCAUUAAUGAUAGUAUGAGUUUCUGCUUUGUUGUUGUUUCUUGUGUUGUUUGAUUGUAUGAACUUUUGAUCUUUAAUGUGGAAUUAUGGCUUCUAUCUAUGUUUUUAUUUAUAAAGGUUCUCAAUUCAUGUUA